AUGUCGGACAAGAAUCGCCGCUUGGGAUCUUUAAGGCUGAACUUCAGCAACUGCCGGCUGUCUCUGCCAAAGCUCUUGGAUGCUUUGGAAGGGUUGCCAUGCGAGAGGGUGGAGGAGCUGGACGCCUCUCAGAAUGAUCUAGGAGAUGAGGCGCCCGGCAAGAUUCUGCGGCUCCUGCCGCUGAGGGCGCUGCGCCUGAACAGUGCUGGUCUCAGCGCGCAAGGCCUGCGGAGUGCCAUCGAAGCCAUCACCCAGCCGUGGCUGGAACAAGACAAGUGCAGAGAGGGCGAGCUCUCCCUUUCCAGCUCCGGGCUGCUGGGUUCGAAGUCUCCUGGGGCUGAUGGGUUGUCACUACGGCCAUCCCAAAGCCUUCAGGUUCUGGAACUGGCGGCCUGCUCCGCAGACGCCGCGGUGCCGGACCUGGCCCUGUACUUGGCUAGCCAGUGUUGUACCCUCACGGAGCUGGACCUCUCGUGGAACACCCUGGGACCGCACGCGGUGCAAGAGCUGAGCCUGCACUUGCGUCAGAACACCACGCUGAGAAGUUUGCGGCUCGCACACUGCCACUUGAAACAAGCUGCUGGGGUUUUGCUAGCUUGCCUGAGCACCAGCAGUUUGCCGCUGGAGAGGUUGGGCCUGGCGAGGAAUGGUAUGCCUUACUCCGCUUUUGAGGAGUUGGCAUGCUUCCUGGGAAGUGCAGUUGGGCAGCAACUCAUCGACUUGGACCUCUCCGGCAACAAGGCUGUGGCAGAGGAGCCCUGCAGUCGAGUUCUGGGAAGGGCGCUGUGCAGGGUGCAGGAUGUGGAGAGCAGCUACGCUUCGUUCCGAGGCGCUGAGCUGAAGCUGAGCCUUGCAGGAACAAAGCCUUUCUUUGACGCGGCCUACGGCCGCUGGGAUGCUGGGCCGCAGCUGCUGACCAUCCUGCGCUCCCCAGGACGCGUUCUGGAUGUGAACCUCGAUCACUGCACUUUCGCCGAGGCCGCCAUCCCCAGCCUGGCGAGGAUCUGCCUCAACGUGCGCAACUUCUCCCUGUGCCAGUGCAGCGGCGGCGAAGGCACUUUGGGGCAAAGCUUUGCGGUGCACCUGGAGGAGAUCUGGCUCGCGGCCUGGGCCGGCGCCGGAGCGAACGGAGCGGCGGAAGCAGCAUUGCUGGUGCCCUUUCAGGCAUUGAACCUGAGGUGCGCGGGCGCGAGAGGCAGUUGCCCCUGCGGCUGCUGCUGCGGGAGCUUCGGCUCAAUGAGCUGGGCCUGCAGGAUGGCAGCGCCCAGCUGUUGA